AUGGGAAUCUCUGAUGAGCGGUGGUAUAAAUCAGGACAUUAUAAGUUUUCACGUGAUAAAGUUCUUCAUGCUAAACGUUGUGUAGACCUUGAUAAUAAGGUCAUUAAACGGUUUAAAAUUAGUAAAGUUUAUUCUGGGGUUAUUCUUCUCAAUGGGACUUAUUAUAAUGUGAUUUACGGAAAAGCAACUUCACAAAUAGGUGAAGCUAGACCAGGUAGCUUGGUAUGGACAAUUUAUAAUCAUUCUUUACCGCAGUUGUUAUUAAUCAAAAGCAAAAGAUUUUUAUUCAUCACAAACGAAAGAUAUAAGAGUAUUGAAAAUCAAUUCUUAAGUAGUUGGAAACAUCAAAACAAAUUAAUACCACAAAUUUUUAAAAUAUUUAAAAUAAAAAAUGGGAAUUUAGAAGAUCGAUAUAAUAUCAAACGAACUUUAGUUGAAAGAAAUCGAAAUUUAGCCAACAAACCGUUUAACGGUCGGCGCAUGACUGCUGGAAAUGAACAAAAAAGAUUUCAUGGAACAUCCGUAGUUUGUAAAAUCGGUGAAACUGGCAAAUUAUGUUCAUCUAAUAAAUGUGCCGUAUGUUGUAUUAUUAAGAAUGGGUAUAAAAUUUUUGAAACUAAUAAGAAUUUUCAACGUUUCGGAAAGGGAUUAUAUUUUUCAUCCACUUCAUCUAAAUCUGAUGAUUACAUAAAAAAUAAUUCCGGUUCAAGUUACAAAGUAAUGCUUUUAAACAAAGUAAUUGUAGGAAAUGCUUAUAAACUUGCAACUAACUGUACAGGACUUUUACACCCGCCUCAAGGAUACGAUAGUGUAAUAGGAAUUCCGGGUGGUAAUUUAAAUUACGAUGAAGUUGUUUUAUAUCAUGAAGAUUCUUGUCUUCCUCGAUACUUGAUAGUAUAUAGAUAG